AUGGCAACCGACGAACUCAAGUCCAUCCUCCAGACCGUCAUAGACGACUUCCGGGGAUGGCCUCUCGCACCAAUAAUGCACUUCCCCAACGAAGCAGGUCUCGAGUUUGAAGACAUCUACUUUCCUUCCGACGACGGCGUCCCUCUGGAAGGGUGGUUCAUCCCCUGCAAAGGCUCAAACAAGAUCAUCAUUGCCAACCACCCGCACUGGUUCAACCGCGCAGGAAUACCCUCACACCUGGAACCCUGGAACAACCUCAUGCCGGGAAACGACUUUGAAGUCAACUUCAUCCCAGACUACAAGAUCCUGCACGACGCUGGAUACAACGUCCUGGCUUAUGAUCUGAGAAACCAUGGUUUGAGCGGACAGGGAAACCAGGGACUGUUUGGCUUCUUUGAGUGGCGCGAUGUUCUGGGAUCGCUCAAGUAUGUCCGUGGACGCAAGGAUACAAAGGAUAUGACUAUUGGACUCUUUAGUCGCUGCGCAGGCGCAAACGCGACGUUUUCCGCCAUGAGACAUCGCCCAGAAGCCUUCAAGGGCGUACGCUGCAUGGUUGCGCCGCAGCCAAUAUCCGCAGGGUCUUCGAUCGGAAAGCUCGUCAAGACGAUGGGUGCGCCAGAGUCUUUUAUGGAAGAGGCUGAUCGGAUGUUCUUUAUGAAAACGAGUUUCCACAUCAACCAGUUGAAUCCUCCGGCGGAUGCGAAGCACACCAACGUACCGACCUUUUUGUACCAGGUGCGCAACGACCCUUGUACGACGCCUGCGGAUGUACAGUCUGCUUAUGACAAUAUCCCAAUCGAGGAGAAGAAGUUGAAGUGGAUUGAGGGGACAGAGAAGCGAUGGGAUGGAUAUACUUACUUCCAGAGGGAUCCGGAUGAGUUCGUGGAGUGGUUUGCAAAGUACAUGGACUAG